AUGUUGCUGGGCCUCGUCGCCCUGAGGCUUGCCUCUUGUCGCUCGCGUGCGGUUCUUGUGCACGAGGGGAUCCUAGCACAGUUACUAAGCGGCUGCAACGUCGAUGCAGCGCCGGCCUCGCGCCGCGCACUGACAAGCAGCAACGCUGGCAGCGAUGCGGCGGUGACAACCGCUGGCACGGUGAGCGGCGGCGGCAUGAUCGAAAGGCAGCGGCGCUUGGUGGCAGAGAUCAUAACAGCUGCACAAUGGCAGAAGGAGGACAAACAGAGGCGUGCGAACGCCUUUUUGGAAGCUGCCUCGCCGCCGACAGCGCGGCGAUGGGCCGAUAACGCCGGCCAAGGCAUCCACACGCGCGGCAGCGGCGCGCCCAGGGGCCACGCCUCCCCGACGCGCGCCGCUGCGCCCUCGCAGCAGCAGCAGCAGUGGCACGCCGCCGCGGCGCCAGACCCAUGGCAAGACGACUGCGGCGGCGGCGACGUUGAGGGGGUAGAGCAUGCACCCGACCGGGCCGGCCGCCGGGGCGGCGAGGGCGGCGGCGGGGGCAGCGGCAGCAGCGGUGGGGCCGGCGGUGGCUUCUCAGGCGGCACGCGGGGCGCGGUGGUCAGAUUGCGGCAGCCAAGGGUCGAACCGCAGGCUGAUGGCAUUAAGCUCCCCGUCAAGGCAUAUCACAUAGGCGGCGGCGUCGACUUUCAGCGUUUUGCGGCCGACCACUCCCAGCUGAUCAGCAAGCACCAGCUGCAGCGGGACCACGUGGUUAUGGAGCUGGCAGACAUGACGGGCGGCACGGUCCUGCUGGGGGCGCGCACGCGGCAGCAGGCGGGCGCGUCCAGCGCGGUGCGGGUGCUUGCCGUGUACAGCUACGGCUCUGCGGUCUUCUUCAACUCUGACCCAGAGGCGGAUGCGUACUGGCUGGAGAAGCUGAAGGGGUAUGCCAAGGACCCCCACAGGGAGCCGCUCACAGACGAGACGACGGUGGUCGUGCGGCCCGCGCUGGAUGACUGGUUCGCGCUGGAGCCCGAUCACAUUGUGCUGCAGAUGCUGGACCUGUCCAACGUGCGCGUCAUCAGCAGCAUCAUGGGGCAGAGCGUGGCCCUGGAGCACUUUGACAGGCGCGUCAUCGCGGCCAUCGAGAGGUUCACCCCCGUGCUGUCGGAGAUUGCCAGCAAGGGCGUCAGCAAGCUCGUCCUCCCGAGCCUCUUCUCAGGCAUGACGGGCCACCACGAGGACGAGCUCCUCAAGCUGAUCGGCGAGAGCAGCCUGCUGCACACAGACGUAGUCUACAAACUCGGCCUGCUGCACCCGACGGACGUCGCGUGGCGCACCGACAAGUAUUACGACGUGUGGAAGGCGCUCCACGCGGACUACGAUAUUGAGAAGCGCUUUGAGGCCCUCAAAGCCAAGCUUGGUCCCAUGCUGGCCAACGCCAAGUUUGUGCUGGAGGUAAGGGAGGACAAGAAGAGUGAGAGGUCGGAGCUCAUCAUCAUAUUACUCAUCGGGGUCGAGAUCGUGCUGCACGUCGCCGGCUGGUACAUGUGA